UAAACAACAAAACCUAGGUGGCAUUCGUGAAUGCACUGAAAUUAUAGAGAAGACUGUUGUAGGUUUUUGGGGAGAUAAUUAUCUCGUUUUUAAAUAAGCAACAAUGUCUUCAGUUGGCUCUUUUAAGGAGUUUGUUAACGAGCGACUAACUGCUGCUGCUGAAGAAAUAUUCGGAGUUUUUCUAAAAACUAUCGUCGAGUACGAGGAAGUGAUCGACCGUCAGCGCAGACUGUUGGAUAUCGUUUGGAAACCUGAAAUACAGUUACACAGGAUAGAGCUCCCACAGCAACAUGUCUGUGAGGAGGAGGAGGAGGUUCCUGUUGACCAGCAGCUCUGGGAUCAGGAGAGGAACUCCAGUCUGGACCAAGAGGACCCAGAGCCUCCACAAGUUAAAGAGGAACCAGAGGAACUUAGCAUCAGUCAGGAGGGAGAGCAGCUUGUCGUGAAGCAGCAGACUCCUACUUAUGAGGAAUGGGACCACAAUGAAGAUCAGACUACGCACAUAAUUCCAGAUGACACAUUGAUUGAGGCGGAGACAGAGUCUGUAUUCCGUACCUUUAUGUUCACUCCUACUUAUGAGGAAAGUAACCACUGUGAAGAUGGGACUCUGUUUUUUAAUCCUGAUAAAAGUCAGAGUGCAGCAGAGACAGAGCUUCCAGAUAGCAUGUGUAUCAGUGGGCUGAAAGACAAAUCAAACUGUGAAACUAUCAGAACCAAAGCAUCAGAACCAAACACUGACCACCAGCUACUCUCUCGUCUUUCACAUGAAGCUGGGAACCAAGAUCAGAAAAGAACCAACAAUGACAAUUCAGGAUCAACUAGAAAUGCAGAACAAGAACUUCAUGACAGCAAAAGUCAUGAUAACAAUGUGUUCAACAUGACCAUGUCAAAGAGUUCUUCUUUUAGGACUUUAAAAUGUGACAUUUGUGGUAAGGUUUUUAACUAUCUGUCGGUCUUGAACACCCACCUGAGAACUCACUCAGGUGAGAAGCCAUAUUCUUGCAACACUUGUGGAAAAAGCUACAGUCAUAAAUCAACAUUGAUCGCUCACAUACGGGUUCAUACAGGUGAAAAGCCAUAUUCUUGCAACUAUUGCGGGAAAAGAUUCAAUCAUGCAGGAAAGUUGAAUAUUCAUAUGAGAGGUCACACAGGUGAGAAGCCGUUUUUGUGCACAACAUGUGGGAAACGAUUCGGACGUAAAGAUGGAUUAAAUUCUCACAUGAGAAGAGCCCACACAAUGAUUACCAGUGUAAACUAUGCAGGGAAAGAUACGUUGAUACACCAGCAUUGAAAAGCCAUAUGAGAACCCACAAAGGUGAGAAAGCAUAUUCUCAAAAAACCUGGAAAAGAUUUUAGGAGCAGUCACGUUGAUCCAUGUUACAAGAUCACACACAGAUCAGAUCAGAAACCUGAAAGACCUGCAGGAAAGGAAAGGUAAGUAGCUGUGUAAAUUAAAAAUAUGUUUGACAUCACUUAGUUCAGCAUUUCAUGGUCAAAACCCACAAGAACUGAUGAACUUUUACUUGAAUUGUGCACUUGAAAAAACACUUUUAUAAUAAGCUUAUUUGUUUAGCACCUUUUAAAACAAAGUUACAAGGUGCUUGACAAUAAAACAAAAUGCAAUUAAGAACAUAAAUAAAACAACUGUCCUUGAAUGUAAAAUGUUUUGAACAAAGUCGAAAUGUCAAUAUCUUGAUGUAAAGUUGUCCUUCAUAUUACUGCAUUCUUUAUAUUCCUGUUUAAAAAUGUACCAAUUCAAUGACACAGUGCCUAAUGCUGUGGUCUUGGUGGUUGUUGGUUAUGCCAAAUGUGUAAAUAUGAAAAAUCUCUGAAUAACUUUCUUUUUAAAUAUUAAUAAAUUUGUUUACUUUAAGUAGUAUGUGGCUGGUCUAAAUGAAGCCUUCUAGACAUUUUACAAGAAGUUACAAUGUUUCACAGCCAGUCCACAGGGGUGAGAAGCUGUACGCUUACAAUACUUGCGAGAAAAGAUUUGAUGACAGUUCAGCAUGUGAAGUGAAUAUGAGAAUCCAUACACAUGUGAAGCUGUUUACUUCGUCAGAUCGCUUUCAGAAGUAACAGUUAAUUGAUCAUUUUCAUGAGAACCCACACAGGUGAGAAGCUGUACGUUUGCCAUACUUGUGGGAAAAGAUUUGCUGAUCGUUCAGAACGUAACAGGCAUAAUCCAACUAGGUGAAAAGCCGUUCCUUGUUAAAAUUUGUGGGACAGCUUUUGGACGUAAUGAAAACUUGAAAAAUCACAUGAAAUCCCAUACUGGCUAGAAUCAACAUUCUUGUAAAAAUAUCAGGAAAUGGUUUCAAAAUUAGUCGAUGUAAUAGUAGCUUGUUGGCCAUAUGACAAAAGGUCACACUGGUGAGAAUGUCUUCAAAAGAUAGAAACCACUGAGCUGAUAAUCCAGUAGAAUUGUGUUGGGAAACUGAAUGAAAUGCACCUUUACAGCAGCUACAUCUCUGUCACUGUAUGUAAAAUAUAUUCCACACAGAUGAGAUGUCAACAUCACAAAGGUAAAGUUCCCCUUGAUAUGACUGGAUUAAAAUCAUGAUGUGAUCCUGAUUGUUUUUGGUUUUGCCAAAUGUCCAUUUAUGAAAUAUGUCUGAAUCACUUUACAGUCUCAGAAGGACUUAAAACCUAGUGUGCAAUAGUAUUCUAUUUGAAGCCUCCAAAACAUUUUUUACAAAAAUCAGAUUUUACAUUUGAGAUCAGUUUGUUUUAUACUACUAUGAAACGUAUCAUAUUAAAUGUAAAUGUGCCCUCUUGCUUUAAAAAAAAUUG